AUGUCUUUACCAAAAGAAAACAAUGAAUUAAAUGAGAAUCUACAAUCAUUAAAUAUAGAUGAAGAGUUAAUACGACAGAAUAAAAAAGAAGAAAUAAAACCAAAAGACAACGAAGAAGAAGACGAUGAUACUGAUUAUUUACCACAACAAUCUAAAACCAAUAAACAAAGAAAACCACAGACAGAAGAGGAAUAUCAACACCAAUUAAAACUAUGGAAUGAAUCAGGACCUCAAAUCAAUACGGAAAAUUGGCUAUACGAAGAAAUCUUUGAUAAACAGCUAGAUCCAACCCAAAAGAUUAAUAGAGUUAAAUUAUUACACGGAUGUGAAAAAGCAUACUACAACAGAGAUUGGGAAAAGUGUUUGGAGAUAUGUAAAAUUGGUGAAAAAUUAUUUCAAGUGGAUUUAGAUGUAAUUGGUGAGACUAUGAAGAUUAAUUUAAGUUUAGAAUCUAGAAGACAAAGAAUUAGUAAUAAAAUUGAAAGACAUAUUGUUGAUUUAUAUAAUAUUCGACAAAGAUGUUUGGAAAGGAUUAAUCAAGAAGAAGAGCAAAUAAAACUGGAAACGAAUGGACAAAUUAGUAAGAAUGGAGAGAAGAAAAGAAGGUGUAAAAACAAUUGA